UCUUUCUUAAUUCAAUAGCUUCCGGAUAAAGUGUUAACAUUAUAAUCGCAAUUCUCAAAACAUAAAAUAUGGAUUAAAGAUAAUUGACUUUGUCAACUGAAACCGUAACAUUAAAUAUAAGUACUAAACUGCUAAUGAAUUUAACUUAAUAUAUAUAUUAUUUCUAAAGUAAACUUAAAAUUAAAUAAACAUUAAAUUUAACUUUUCCCAUAUUCGAAAAAAAAAUGAACCCCUUUACUCGGAAACCAUCGAAUUAAAGAAAAUUAAUCAUUAAAGUAAUGAAGUGUACAAAUUUAGGAUCGGUAUGGCCUAUCAUCUCAGAUAAAACAAUUAAACAGUAGGAGAUUAAAGGUAAAAAUUAGCUUUUUUUGAUUAUUGAUAAAGAACUUAAUGUAGCACAAAAAGAUGACGGUCAUUUCUCAUGAGACAAAUAAUCGGUGUAUACGUGAAUAAAACCAAACUAGUUUUGCACAAAAAGGUAAAGGGAAUAAAAAUCUACUAUCUUCUACUCAUUUACAUAUUUUCAAAUUAGAUUGUUAAGAUAUAAAAACUUUUAAAAAUAUCCUAAACUGCUAUAAAGAAGUUUAUGAGCGCAUUGAAAGUUCAGUGAUUUUAAUUCUCGAAAUUCAGUUAAAUUGAUACUUUGUGUCCAUGAUUUCCUUAUGUAAUUAUUAGUAUGUAUAAUAUGUGUUAAAAAUUUUAUUUACUUUUAUAAAUUGCAAUUUGAAAACUAAGACCAGUAAAUGAAAAAAACGAAUGAUGGAAUAAAUAAACUAAUACUGAAAAUUCUAUCAUUGGAUUGGUUUAAGAAGUGUCACAGGUAAGCGAUCCCCUCCAGUAUGCACUCAAUCAAAAUCAUAUGAUUAAGGACAAUAAAACAUUCAUUCAGUUUUAUUCGUCCAGUGUAUACCAGUGAAGGUGUCUUUUAGUUGAUAAUUUGGUUUAUCUUUUAAAAAUACAUAAAUUUAGCUAAUAAAGUGGAUUCGAAACGACACUAUAAAUUAUAAAUAAUGAUAUAUUGUGAAAAAUGCAAUAAAAGUUUUAAAAAUAAAGCCGGUUAUGUCAAUCAUACAAAGUCAUUUAAACAUACGGGAGCAUCUUAUAGAUGCAAAAUAUGUCUUACUAGUUUUGUAUUAAGUUCUUUACUGAACCAACACUUGAAAGAAGAACAUAUUGAUACUGAAAUUCCAUCCAUUGAGUAUUAUCCAAAUGUUAUUAGUAAUGAUAAUUGCGAGGUUCCUAGUUAUUCUAAAACUGAUACAUAUAUUAUCGACAAGAAUGAAAUAUUGGAACAUGUUGAAUCAGUUGAUGAAAAUAAGAAAAUAUCUACACAUGAGACCGUAAAUUAUAAUAAAUAUAUUUUACAGCCUUCUCCCAAUUCUUGUCAAUACGAGUUAUACGUCAGUGUACAAGGCGAAAGUCCCAUUCAAAAAAAUUAUUGGAUAGAUAAAAGGAAACAUUGUCCUUCAUUGAAACUGUAUCAAAGUCCUCAAAGUAGCAACGGACUUUCAAUUCCUGUUCAACCAGUAAGCAAAAAAUGUUAUUGUGCAUCAACCAAAGAAGAACGAAAGAGAUUCUCGGAUAUUUGUCGACUGCAAAAUUUAAUAAAUAAUAAAAAAACUGACUUCAAACAAAUUAAUAGAUUAAUACUUUCAGUAUUAGUUGAAUUGGAAAAAAAAGAUAUUAUUGUUGAUAAAAUUUUCUUUAACUAAAUGAUUAUUGAUAUUAUAUUUUAAUUUAAAUUAUAUAGUAAAUAUUAAGAAAUAAUAUAAAAAUACGUUUGUAUUUUUCUUCCUUUCAGUCCAUAAUUUAUAAUAUUAUUAUUAAAUUUAAUAUUUUUUUUGAUCUCCAGGGAAAAAAUCCUAUUAUCAUAUUUCAUAAAUGGCAAAUUUUAUUUUAAGUUUAAUGAAAUUAUAGACUAUAAUAGAAAAAACUACUUUGAAUGUACAAUUAUUUUAUUUAAUGUUUAGCGUUUGAUAAUUGAAUUAUUAUUUCUAAAUUGAUUUUUUGCUCUGCAAGUGUAUUUUUGGGGUUUCAAACUGUUAAUAUAUUUUUCUAGUUAUAAAAUCUUAAUCAAUAAGGUAGAUAUGUAUCUUGAAAUAAUAUUUACGUGUACGAUGUAACUUUUUAAGUUUUAUUUAGUUAAAUGUUGCAAACUUCUUUAUCAAUAAAAUGAACAUUGUUU